CUAGCUGUCCUCCGCGGCUCCGCCACAGUGUCCAUCCGCUGCGGCGCAGUCCCAUGCGCGGCGUCCACUCGCCGGCGGCCCAACUUCUCAAGCCUUCACUCCUACGCGCGCUUCGCCUUCCCCUCUCCUGGAAGGGAGACGGCCAUUCUCACCCGUGCUCCGGAUUUGUGGUAGUUCAACUUCAACCGUGUGUGACGGACGUAUUGCUCGGAGUUUGGGGACCAGUCAAUUAUGGAGGUUACUGGAGGCCCCGGUCCAAGAAUCUUGUGUUGCCUGUACAGUGUAGCCAUCGCUGCCGCUUUGCCCCCAAAUAUGGAUGCCACUGGAGAGAAUGUGCUGUGUGCCUUCACAUCAACCAAGGAAUCAAGAUAUCUAAAGAGGCUUUCUGGUUGUUUCACUCCACAUCAGAUUCUCUUAUCAAGAUGUGAAGAUGGUUGAAGGUGGGAAGGCCACUCGCUGUACCAAUCAAGGCAAUCAUUGAGUGAAUCUGUUUUAGCCCUUCUGCUAUGUGGUCCAGUUUCAAGUGAUCUGAGAGAGUUAUGGUUCCUAACUACUGAAAGCAACUACUGA